CGCGAGCGAGCGAGCAUGGCAGCGGCGGCAGCAGGCGCGGCAGUCUCCGCAGAGCCAGGUCCGCUAUGCUCCCAAUUCUCCUACAUUUCUAGCACAGCGAGCGCCGCAAGGUCGGUGCUGCCGCUGCUCGCGCCAAGAAUUUCGAUCGCGCCCGUGCAGGAACUCGAAUGCAGGCCUAGCUCCUGCCUCCGCGCGAGUAGAUGUCGUGUCGUCCCUAGAGCCAAAUCCAGUGUGGACAGUGACGAGCAGCUCACUGUUGAGGUUCUUGGAGAUGAGGGACACACGUUUGAUCCAUCCAGCGUUUCUUUCUCCACUGAGCGCUGGGAGGAGCUUGAUACGAAUGUUCUCGAGAUUAUAGAUUCCUCCUCCACGAAUACUGCUGCUGGGAUCACUGAGAACACCACAGUGAUGAAUUCUACGAGACCGCAACAACAGGAGCCUCCUACAAGAACAUCCAACGUUAAAAACCAGUGGCGCCCGAUUUUCCAAGGUGGUGUCGAGAACUUGACCACGCAGGUGAAAGAGGCAGUCGAGAAGACUAGAUCACAAGGACACAACUGGGCGCGGAACAGCAAAGUGGCUCAAGUUCUUCACAGUGAUAAGAAAGUUAUCUCCAAAUGGACGAUGGAAACAGCUCUUCCUGUAAUCUCGGAAGCGCUUUUCCUGACGAGUUCUGCGGGUUCAUCGACGGGUCCUGCAGAGAAACCAGUGUGGCAGGCACCUUCGUAUCGUGGGCUAUCCGGUUGGGACAUUGUCGCUGCUGAUAUCGCAACCAUAAGACAGUAUUUUGACAACGUAAAAUUGCAGCUAGCUAUCUGGAAGCUACCGCUGCAAGAAGCUUAUGAUCCUGAAGAUCUCGCCGUCUAUUUCAAUGCAAGACCACAUCUCUUGCUGUUCCGGGCUCUCGAGGUUUCUGCAGCAUUUAGCUAUCUCUUCGUAUGGUACAUGUUCGAAAAGAGCAUCACGCCGUUGACAAAAAGAGAGCCGUCUUCUGAAGAGGAGAAAAAAAAACUGAUGAUGAAAACGGCUGAAAUGUUUAAGCAAACUGUUUUGAGGCUUGGCCCGACUUUCACAAAAGUUGCUCAGUCGUUGUCAACAAGAUCAGACUUGAUAGGUCCGGAAACUGCACAGGUUUUGGGAGAUCUACAAGAUCGUCUGCCACCGUUUCCUAAUGAAAUGGCUUUGCUUCUAAUGGAGCAAGAGCUUGGCCGCCCGAUAAGCGAAGUGUUCUCCUAUAUAUCGGAAGAACCCGUGGCAGCCGCUUCCCUUGGACAGGUCUAUAGAGGACGAACGAGGGACGGACAGGACGUGGCUGUGAAGGUUCAAAGGCCAAACAUUUUUUAUUCCGUCGCACGUGAUGUUUAUAUCCUUCGCCUUGGGCUGGGGCUGGUACGUAUGGUUGCGGGCAUUAACAGUGAUUUAUCGGUUUUCGCUGACGAAGUUGGGAAGGGCCUGUACGGUGAAUUGGACUACAGGCUUGAAGCACAGAACGCGUCUGCGUUUGCAUUGGCGCUUACACCGAAGUUACCUUUCGUUGUGGUUCCAAGAGUCUUGCGUCACUUGACGACAAAGAAAGUGAUGACAAUGGAAUGGAUAUCUGGUACUCGUCCAGUGGACCUUCGUAGAGUUGCGAAAGGACAGGACGCUGGGGCUACUCCAGAGCUUCGACUGGAAGCCACAGACCGUCUCUUGGAAAUGGUUAACAAGGGUGUGCAAUCUUCUUUGACGCAGCUGCUUGAUGUUGGUAUAUUGCAUGCCGAUCCACAUCCUGGAAAUAUUAUCUAUACUCCGGACAACAGUAUUGCGUACCUCGAUUUUGGACUGAUUUGUCGAAUGGAGAAAAAACAUCAAUACGCUAUGAUUGCGGCCACUGCCCAUCUUGUGAACGGGGAUUGGAGUUUUUUAGUCGAUGAUUUGGCUGAAAUGGACGUGGUGAAGCCUGGGACUAACCGGUUCCGGCUGAGAUUGGCUCUCGAAGAUUCGUUAAAUGGAUUCGUUGUUAAGAAUGGUUUACCAGAUUUCAAGUUCAGUCAGAUUAUAGCAAAAUUGUUCGGUGUAGCUUUAAAGUUUCGGUUUCGUCUGCCAGCAUACUAUACUCUAAUACUGCGCUCGAUUGCUUCGCUAGAAGGAAUGGCACUGGCAGUCGACCCGAACUUUAAGGUUUUUACGAAAACAUACCCGUUCGUGGUCAAUCGUCUUCUUUCAGAUAAUUCGGCUCCUAUGAGACGAAUCUUGCGAACGCUGCUUCUUACAAAUAAAAAGGAGUUCCGUUGGAAUCGUGUUGCAUCUUUGACAAGCAUUACUUCCACUGAGCCGGCCGCAUCGAAUGCCACGACGAGUCUGGAGUCCACACUGUGCAAGCUUCUUCUGUCAAGCAACGGCGCCUCACUACGUCGGAUCAUCUUGGAAGCGGACACGAAAUCACUGGCCCGCGCAUUCGUCUCCAAGGAGGCGGCACCGGUGAGACUAAAGGUGGCCAAGCUUCUCGCCGACGCGUUUUACCUGCACGGCAAGAAGCUCUUGCAAGAACACGCGAGCGUCGAGAUCGACGAGCGAUCCAAAUUGUCGUCUCCCAUUGCAAGCACCAGGCAGCUGCAGUUUCUUCUGAGAGCACUCGUGGCGAGGCUGCAAAAGACUCCUCUACUCCUGCUAAGAGCCGGAUGGACAACGGCGACGGUCAUGGGCUGGGCUCUAGCCGCGGCCUUCCAUCGACUGGCGGUGGGCAUGAGCUACACAUACCUGGAACCAGCCCCGAGUACCCGCGCUGCAACAGCAUAAGAAGAGGCUGAGCGGGCUUAUUAUUUGUACUAGUAAAAUUGCCCAGCAAAUGCUGGGCGGUUGUUUGCAAAGUCUUCCACCAUAGGAAUUAUUUCAGAAGAGCGCAUGCAAGACUUUACCAAAA